AUGGCUGGCACAAAGCUAAUAUCACUAGGGCUCAUUGUCCUCAUGAGCAUGGGAUUAGCCAAUGCUGUAAGGGUGGCUAGAUACUCUAGUGCUGAUGGGACCGGCACUGGAGAGGGAGGGGGCGGCGGAUAUGUGAAUGGCGGUGGAUUAGGGUCUGGGUCUGGCACCGGAUCGGGUGAUAGUGGUCCUUAUGGUGCCCAUGCAAGUGCUGGAGGGGGUGGUGCAGGUGGUGGAACUAGCCAAUAUGGUGGGUCCGGAUAUGGUUCAGGGUCAGGGUCAGGUUCAGGAUCUAGUACAUCUAGUCAAGGAGGGUAUUCUGAAUUUGGUCCUUAUGGAGGAGAAUCUUCUAAUGCUGGUGGUGCCGGUGGUGGUGGGGGUGGAGGACAAGCUGGAGGUGCUUGGAAUUCCAAUGCUCAAGGAUCCGGUAGCGGCACCGGUUCUGGCUCUAGUUAUGCUAACAGGUAUUGGGAUGGUUCAAGUGAUGCGGGUGCAAGUGCUAACGGCAUUGGUAGUGGCACAGGAAAUAGUGAGAAUGGUGGUGGUGGCGGUGGUUCUGGUGCCGGAACUGGAUAUGGCAAUGCCUACCCAUAA